CAGAAGCACCGAAGAACCCACACAGGAGAGAAACCUUUUGUAUGCUCAGUGUGUGGAAAGAGAUUCAGUCAGCAUGGCCAGCUUCUACGGCACAAAACAACCCACACAAUAGAGAAAUCUUUUGAGUGCUCAGAGUGUGGAAAGAGAUUCAGUCAGCAUGGCCAGCUUCUACGGCACAGAACAACCCACACAAUAGAGAAAUCUUUUGAGUGCUCAGAGUGUGGAAAGAAAUUCAGCUGGAGUUCCGCUCUUCAGAUGCACAGGAGAACCCACACAGGGGAGAAACCUUUUGAAUGUUCAGAGUGUGGAAAGAGAUUCAGUCAGAGUAGCAUUCUUCAACGGCAUCAGAGAACCCACACAGGGGAGAAACCUUUUGAAUGCUCAGAGUGCAGAAAGAAAUUCAGUAUGAGGAGCAGUCUUCAAAGGCAUCAGACAACCCACAAAGAGGAGAAACCUUUUGAAUGCUCAGAGUGUGGAAAUAGAUUCAGGUUGAACAGCCAUCUUCGAAAGCAUCUGACAACCCACACAGGGGAGAAUCCUUUGGAGUGCUCAGAGUGUGGAAAGAGAUUCAGUGUGAAGGGGAAUCUGCAAAAGCAUCAGAGAACCCACACAGGGGAGAAACCUUUUGAAUGCUCAGAGUGUGGAAGAAGAUUCAGUCAGAAUGGCAGUCUUCAACUGCAUCAAAGAACCCACACAGGGGAGAAACCUUUUGAAUGUUCAGAGUGUGGAAAGAAAUUCAGUAGCAGUGGCAGUCUUCAAACGCACCAAAGAACCCACACAGGGGAGAAACCUUUUGAAUGUUCAGAGUGUGGAAAGAAAUUCAGUAGCAAUGGCAACCUUCAACUGCAUCAAAGAACCCACACAGGGGAGAAACCUUUUGAAUGCUUAGAGUGCGGAAAGAAAUUCCGUAGCAGUGCUCAUCUUCAGCCACACCAAAGAACACACACAGGGGAGAAACCCUUUGAAUGUUCAGAGUGUGGAAAGAAGUUCAGGCAGAGUGGCACUCUUCAACGCCAUCAAAGAACCCAUACAGGGGAGAAACAUUUUGAAUGCUUAGAGUGUGGAAAGAAAUUCAGUAGCAGUAGUCAUCAGAAAACCCACACAGGGGAAAAACCUUUUGCAUGUUCAGUUUGUGGAAAGAGAUUCAGUCAGAGUGGCACUCUUCAACGACAUCAAAGAACCCACACAGGGGAGAAACCUUUUGAAUGCCCAGUGUGUGGAAAGAGAUUCAGUGAGAAUGGUACUCUUCAGAAGCACCAAAUAACCCACACAGGGGAGAAAAAUUUUGAAUGCUCAGAGUGUGGAAAGAAAUUCAGUAGCAGUGGCUAUCUUCAACUGCAUCAAAGAACCCACACAGGGGAAAAGCCUUUUGAGUGCUCAGAAUGUGGAAAGAAAUUCAGUUACAGUAGCAGUCUUCAACUGCAUCAGAGAACCCACACGGGGGAGAAACCUUUUGAAUGUUCAGAAUGUGGAAAGAGAUUUAGUCAGAGCUGCAGUCUUCUGGAGCAUAGAAAAACCCAUACAGGGGAGAAACCUUUUGAAUGCUCAGAGUGUGGAAAGAGAUUCAGUGUGAGGGGGAACCUUCAACAGCAUCAGAGAACCCACACAGGGGAGAAACCCUUUGAAUGCUCAGUGUGUAGAAAGAGAUUCACUGAGAGUGGUACUCUUCGGAAGCACCAAAGAACCCACACAGGGGAGAAACCUUUUAAAUGCUCAGAGUGUGGAAAGAGAUUUAGUAUCAGUUCUACUUUUCAACGGCAUCGAAGAACCCACACAGGGGAGAAACUUUUUGAAAGCUAAUGCAGUUUUGGGGUGUACCAAUGGAGGCAUAACAUCCAAAUCACAAGAUGGCAUAGUCCUGCUGUACAC